CUGAGCUCGGGGCGUUAACCCUUCCGGCCCCGAGGGCCGCCGGAAGGGAGCGGGGCAGGGCCGCGGGCCGGGCCGGGAUAUGCCCGCUGCGGCCCCAGCUCGGGCGGCUCCGGACGCCCCCGCGGCGGGGCGCGCGGGUCUCAGGUCAGAAGCUCGGGACGCGGCCCCGGCGGCGGCGCGGAGCGGCCGCCUCCCGCAGCCCCGGCGCGCCGCGGGCUCCUCCUCCCGCCCGAGCGCGGCCGAGUGAGGGCUCCCCGGCCGCAGGGAGCGGCGCGCGGGGCCGGGUCCGAGAGCCCGGGGAGGGGCCGGCGGACACGCGGACGGACGGGCGGACGGACGGAUCCCCCACACCGUCUGGGACACUAGCGACGGUGCGCGCCCGGCCAUGUGGGCACCCGGGGUCCCGGCCGAGGGCCUCCCGGCGGCGCCGGCGCUGCUGCUGCUGGCGCUGGCGCUGGUGGCGCCCUCGCGGGGCGGCGGCGGCUGCGCGGAGCUGGCGUGCGGCGAGCGGGAGCGCUGCUGCGACGCGGCCAACGCCACGGCCGCGCGCUGCUGCAAGCUGCCGCUGCACGCCUUCCUGGACAACGUGGGCUGGUUCGUGCGCAAGCUGUCCGGGCUGCUCAUCCUGCUCGUCCUCUUCGCCAUCGGCUACUUCCUGCAGCGCAUCAUCUGCCCGAGCCCCCGCCGGUACCCGCGCGGCCAGGCGCGGCCCGGGCAGGCGCGGCCGGGGCCGCCGGGGGGCGCCGGGCCGCCGGGAGCCGCGGGGCCGCUCCACGACGACGACGACGACGACUCGCCGGCGCUGCUGCGGGACGAGGCGGCCGCGGGCUCCCAGGACUCGCUGCUGGACAGCGGCGGCGGCGGCGGCGGCCGGGGCCGGGGCGGCGGCGGCUUCUCGGUCCCCGCCUGCGCCGCGGAGCACGAGCUGCGCUUAGUGUCGCCCGCCUUCCUGCAGCUGCCCAGCUACGAGGAGGUCAAGUACCUGCCCACCUACGAGGAGUCCAUGCGGCUGCAGCAGCUCGGCCCCGGGGAGGUCGUGCUGCCCGUGUCGGUGCUCGGCCGCCCUCGAGGCGGCGGCCCCGGGGAGCACGGCGGCGGCGGCGGCGGCGGCGGCGGCGGCGAGGGCCGCUUCCCGCUCAUCUGAGCGCCCGGGACCGCGGGGCCCCGUCGAGGACCACGAGGACCGAGCUGGGCUGGGGGCUGCGCGGGGGGCGCGCAGCUGGGACAGCCUCAGACCUCGCCUGCCACCCCGGGGCUAAUCGCCCGAUCGCCAGGCGACAGGAUCGGAGUCCCCCCACUCUCCCCCUCGACCAUAAGUUUCCCCGCGUUUCGUUCGGUUCAUGGAAACGUUAGGCGCGCGCGCGGCGGGGCGGCGGCGGCGGACCAGGCCAGAGCGCAACUUGGAAGGACGGUGCCCGCCUUCGCCUGCAGAUUGUGUUCACCUGUAAGUGCCUGCUUCCCUCCCGAACCGGAGAACGCCUGAGCCCUUUUGCGUCCGGAGAAAGGCAGCAUCCCUUAGGGACGAGGGGGAAGGGGCGGAGGGCCACUCCUGCCCCUCCCUCCAGGAUAGGCCACCGGCUCCAGGACAGGCCACCGGCUCCCAGGAUGGGCGGAGGGCGAGGAGUGGUAUGGGGCGAGCUGAGGCUGGAGACCGCAGCCGGGGAAGAGCAGGAAGGGUGUGACCCAAUGCCUUCUCCCUUGAGAAGAACCCCCAAACCCUUGCGCACGUCUUCCUGGCCAAGCAUGGUCACAGCUGGUGGCUCACAAUUUGGUGGGCGAAUACCCGUGAUCUCCUGUUAGUUGCUGUAUCUGAUUUAAGAUGCAGGAAUUAGGUAUAUCCUAAGACCACUAUCUGUAAGAGAGUAUACAGUUGGACUUCGAUUUUUUUCAAUACCUGAGGCUAUAUUUAUAUUUGUCUUUUAUUUUUUAUAUUUUUACCAUGUAGUGAACGUAUCAGGAUGGUAGUUCUGCAGUUAAUGACAAGAUAAUUGUUUUAUCAUCUUUUAUAGGCCUUAACGGCCCAGAAAUUGCCCACCCUCUCGAUUAUUGUUUAAUAAAAAUGUUGGACAUUGCUUCAUUUACAACGGGAGGGGAAAAGGAGGCAUGAUGGAAUGAGGAAACAUAUGACAAUGUGAAGGAUACCUUAUUUUCACUAUUUGAGAAGAAUAAAUUUUAUUUUUAGUACUGUGGCAUAAUAUAUAACUUUUAUAAUAACUAUACAUCAUGUAGUCUAAGUCUUCAUUGUAUCAUUUACUACAUAGUUAUAUGAUACAUAUAUGCCAUACCAUGAAGCACGAUGCCAUGCACUUUCCCCUCCACCUUCCAUUUGGAAUACACCCCACAACAUGAUACAAAACAUAAGAACUUACAGUGACUUGUAACUCUUUGUUUAAAGCCAUAAUUGUGCAGUAACGUGCUACAGGAGGAUUCAGUCAACCUUCCUUAAGGAAAAGAAAAAGUCAUUGUGUCAGUUCUACCAUUCUAUAAAAUGUCCUUUAAGCAAGUGGUAAGAUAUUAAAAUGCAUUAUGUUAAUGUACAUACACAUAUUGUCUAUGUACAACACACAGCUGGUAUGCCAUAUAAUUACUAGUGCUUAUGAUUAUCAUGAAAAGAAGGGAAACAAAAGAGGUGUUUUUUUUCUUAAUUAACAUUAAGAAAGAUUACAUACAUGGACCUCACACCUGUGUGUACCUAGAAACAAAUGUUGUUCUUAGGAUUGAAAAAGUCUGACAAUCCUGUGAAAUCUUAAUCUGAAUUGUUUUAGAAGAGGAUGGUUUACUCUAAACUUUCAAAAGCUAAUGACCCUGUCCUUAAAAUCCUCUGAAGUGUAUCAAAACAGAAAAACAUUAAAAUAUUUCUCUGUGCAAAUUUUAUCAGAUAUGUGACUGUAUUCUGUUGUAUUAAAAUGUGAAAUGUGUAUCUUUGUCAUUCAAAAGCAGUUUUAAGCUGGGAAUUGGCAAAAGCAUCAGGAGCUGAGACAAUAUCAGUUGAUAAUGGUACAUGAUUUAAUGAAGUCAUGUUAUACUGAAUAAUCGCAUAUACUUAUGUUUCUCAGUGUAAAUUUUACUUACAUGUGACUAUCAAUACUACCCACCAAUCAAACUGAAAAGUUGCCAUAUUCUUUUAAAUGAUUUAUCCUUUGAGACUACACUAUUUUAAACACUUCUUAAAAUUCACCUAUAUCUGAAACAUCAACGUAAACAUCCAAGUAUUAGCAUAUAAGGUAUAUCCUAUAUGUUGUUGCUACUAACAUCUUGAACUUUACAGCAAAACCUUAUUAAAAACACAAUCUGGAUCAAGUGUAUUUCCCUAUGUGAACUAUGGAACGUUUCUUUCCCUAAAAAAUUCAGAAUGUCUAUAAUGUAAUACCAAUCAUGUAAUGAGGAUCUCCUGAUUUUUAAAAUUACAAGUUUUCCUCCUCCCCCCAUACAUCACACAAGCUUUUAUUCACAUCCCUCAGUUGAAUAAAAAUGAGUUUGACUC